CUCUUCAAAGAGACCUUCAGAACCCUGAUCCACUCCACCAUGAAAGCUAGAUGACUUUCACCAUGCAUGGUUGCAAUUUUAAUAAUCAUUAAAACAAAGUCGAUAGACAUCAAGGGGCGGGAAAAUAGGCCCAGUCAGAAAUAAUCUCGCUACUUGAAGGUCUUCCACCUCCAAAAGCCCUUCCACUUCUCCGACGUUCUUUAUUACAAAGAAAACCACCAAACACAGCUCGGGUUUAAUCAACCGGGACGCCUGAGUAAAGAAACGCAGCUGACGUGUGACACACGUUUUCUCCCAACUGCAAUCGGUCGUGAGCAAUUUCACGUGGUUUAACAGUUAUUUAGAGUCACUUGGUUGGACUUCGCACAACGUGUGAUAUUGCCGGAGCACAAAAAAGCCCUUUAUUGUGCCGAUUGUGUGCGACCGUGCACCGGCCACAUCUGCACACGCCAUCUCACGCACGGCUGGCGUGACUCCGUCUCGCUCACACGCCUCGCGUUUCAUCGUUGGGGCCAUUCGACUCGCAAUUCAAUUACAUCAGGAGGAAAUGUGUCUUCAACCGACCAUUUUUAAAGUGAGACCAAAAAGCUCCGUCAUCAACAGCAAUUCUUUAAACCAACACAGAAGCAUGCUGACAUUUUUUGGAAGUUUAAGGUUUUUGCUCCCACAGCACACGCUAGGACCCUCCCUAUCCUGUCCUAUCUAAUGGAACCUUGUUCAGCGUUAUCUCUCGGCUCCGGGCUAGCAGCAUCUCUCCGGGGACGCCGGAGUAUGCAAGGGGGGGGGGAAGGAUGGUUUUGAUUAGGAGUCCUAAGUGACCCCUGGGCCUGACAAGGAGCGCAGGAUAACAGAAGGUGAAGUUGUGACACCCCGCGCUGGUCUUUAGUCGAGAACAAUCCAGCCUAAAGCAUUAUUCAUUCAUGCCAUCCCUGCUCUCUGUAAGUUAAAUCCAAACACACUUCAAAGUGGAUGAUAUUUCCCUCUAAUGAGCAGGGCUAGGUCACAAUAUGGGAGGACCGGAGAUGCUAAAUUGCAACCAUUCUUUUCCUGCCCGGUAUUAGUCUGUCAAAGUGCUCUCUGUGUGCAGACGCACAGGCAGAGACAAAGUGUGUGUCACAAUGCAGAAACGAGUGGAGUAAAAUGAAACAAGGUGUGGAGUUAUCAAGGAGAAGUUGAGGUGGGUUAAAAAUACUGUACGGCUCUGGAAUUAAUAAUUGGUGUGUGUGUGUGUGUGUGUGUCUGCAGAUGCUAUCGUUCACCUUAUUCUCCUUUCUUUACGUUCCCUCUUUCUUUGUACGUGUCAUUCAGGGAAUGCGUUAAACAUUUGAAUAUGGUUUUAAUUUGGUGGGCGGCAAUGAAAAAGUUUUGUCUAUUUGCGUGAGUCACCUUUUGUGAUCGUCUAAUCGGGCCCAGAUGGAUAAUGUUCAGAUAUUUUAGGAGCCAGAAAUUACGCCGCGUUAAGAGUUGUUUAUUAGCUCCCAUCACUUUGUUGUGUUUUACGAGUUAAAUGUAAAUGAGAAUGUGUGUGUGUAGUUGAAGACCGGCUUAUUUGUAUGUGCUUGAGUCAACCUGUCACAGGUAGCAGUACAGUAGCUCUACACAUUGACUUAAAUAGUUUUACAACAAUCUAGAUACCAAGUGGCAAAACGUCCAUUCUAUCCUUAUUUUGAAAUUCCUUUCAGAAGGAGGAGGAGACAAUAAAUGAUGCAGCAGAUAUAAUACAAUUAUUGCAGAAAAGCAAGGCCUGUAUUGGGAUAUUGUUGUAAGUAUCUUGAGUUCAUGUAGAAGGCCAUGGCCGAAUUCCCUGUUCAUGUUCCCAGGUUUCUUUAUUGGAGAACAUUUGUGUUCUUGUAAAAUGCUGAGCUUCGUAAAUCCGGCGCAGCAGAGGCAGCCGAAGCAGAGAAGCUGCUUAGUGUCACUCAGCCUGCAGCGCACUGAGGAGCCUUCUUCCCUCCCCUCAAUCCACUUUUCUCUCAGAGCAAAGAGCAUGAACUCAAAUCCAAUGCUUAACUUUUAAAAAAAUGUACUUUUUAUGUAUUAGUAUCACAGCAUUCCCCUAAAUCUGCGGUCCCAUGUUUUACUACUUUUUGUGUGUGAGUUAUUUCUCCUCCUCGAUUUCUUUUCAGCUCCUGCUGCGUUUAUAUCCAUAUGUGCCGGAAAGACAAAUAUUAAAAGUGAAUUGUUGUCCUUAGACACAUUAGUUGAAGAAUCUCACCAUAACAUUGAUUUAGUUCGCCGCUCUGAGGCUUUCAAUUGUAUCACAAGAGAGUUUUCCCAGUUUGAAUUAUUGGCUCUCAAGUCAACGUUGACAAGCUCUUUUUAUCACACUGGAAGCAGCGCAGUAGUUGAGGCCAUCAUCUAUUUAGUACCUGUUCUGCAACUUAUGACAACAACAAAAAAAACACACAUUCUGGGUGCCCCAAAAAGGGCUCCUGAGGCUCCGGGGAGGGGUCGUGAACACCUUGAACUCACUGCGGGACGUAAACGUCUCUGUUCCCUGCAGCGAACACCAGGGGGCGACACGUGGCUAAUCGGAGCCAUGUGGCUCCUGUGGGCACGGGAGAAGUUCUUCUCCAGUGAAGUUUGCAGGAAGGAUUGCGCUCAGUUGAGGAGAGAGAGAGAGAGAGCGAGAGAGAGACACGGAGGAGGGGAAAGUGUUGCUGGGCUCCAGCGAGGAGGACACAGACAGAAGCCAGGCGGAGACAGCCACUCUCACAUCUGUCUGGGGAUUUGUUGCGCUUUACAAGAGCGGCUGGAAAUACGGGGCAACCUCAAAAAGAAAAGAAGAAGUGUUUUGGGAAGGCGCUUGAUAUUGCAGUCCUGAGUGUAGUGGAUGUGCCAAGCGGACGAAGGGUUUUUAACGCAGCCGGAGGAAUGUACCCAACUCGGGCCGCGUCGAGCCAGCGUCUCCGGAGAUGUCCGCAGUGCGCGCUGUGGAUCGCGCUGCUCCUCCAAAGUGUCCUGGACCUGAGCGCGUCUGGGUCUGAGUUUUCCCAAGACCCCAGUGUGAUAGCUGCCACUUCAUGGAACAGCUCUAGUGAUGGGUCGUUCUUCAUACGGCUUGAAGCUCCCAUGAACAACAUCACCACCUCCCUGGGCCACACAGCCGACCUGCUGUGCCGCGUGUCCGGCAACCCGCAGCCCUCCGUGCGCUGGCUGAAGAACGACGCCCCGGUGGUGCAGGAGCCGCGGCGGAUCUCGCACCGAUCCAUGCCUUACGGGUCCCGCCUCCGCAUCCGCAACCUGGACACCACCGACACGGGUUACUUCCAGUGCGUGGCCAGCAACGCCCAGGGCACGGUGUCCACGACAGGCGUGCUCUUUGUCAAAUUCGAUCCACUCCCUACACUUCUGGCAGGAAGGCCAACGGAGGAUUUUGACGAAGAAGGGUUCUGCCAGCCGUACAGAGGAAUAGCCUGCGCCCGCUUCAUUGGGAACCGCAGCAUCUUCGUCGACUCGUUUCAGAUGCAGGGCGAGAUCGAGACCCAGAUCACAGCGGCGUUCACCAUGAUCGGGUCGUCCAACCACUUGUCUGACCGCUGCUCCCAGUUCGCCAUCCCUUCCCUCUGCCACUUUGCCUUCCCGACCUGUGACCGAAGCUCUGGGAGCGACAAGCCUCGGGACCUGUGCAAGGACGAGUGCGAGAUCCUGGAGAACGACCUGUGCAAGACGGAGUACAUCAUCGCCCGCUCAAACCCCCUCAUCCUGAAGAGGCUGAAGCUGCCCAACUGCGAGGACCUGGCCGCCUUCGACAGCCCGGAGGCCGCCAACUGCCUGAGGAUCGGCAUCCCCAUGGCCGAGCCCAUCAACAAGAAUCACAAGUGCUUCAACAACAGCGGGACGGACUACAGAGGGACGGUCAGCGCGACCAAGUCGGGCCGCCAGUGUCAGCCGUGGAACUCUCAGUACCCGCACAGCCACACCUACCUGGCCGUCCGCUACGCCGAGCUGAACGGCGGACACUCGUACUGCCGCAACCCCGGCAACAAGCUGGAGGCCCCCUGGUGCCUCACGCUGGACGAGGGCGUCCGCAUGGAGCUCUGUGACAUACCCGUCUGUGACCAUAAAGAGAAGUCUGGCGGCAGCAACAUGGAGAUCCUGUACAUCCUGGUCCCCAGUGUGGCCAUCCCGUUAGCCAUCGCCUUGCUCUUCUUCUUCAUUUGCGUGUGCCGCAACAACCAGAAGUCCCCGAGACCCCCGGCCCCGCGCCAGCCCAAACCGGUCCGAGGACAAAACGUCGAGAUGUCCAUGCUCACAACGGCAUACAAGCCCAAGAGUAAAGCCAAAGAGCUUCCCCUGUCGGCUGUGCGUUUCAUGGAGGAGCUCGGGGAGUGCACUUUAGGGAAGAUCUACAAGGGUCACCUGUAUCUGCCGGGCAUGGACCAGGCACAGCUGGUGGCCAUCAAGACCCUGAAGGAUAUUUCCAAUCCCCAACAGUGGGUCGACUUCCAGCAGGAGGCCGCUGUGCUGACGGAGCUGCAGCACCCACACGUGGUGUGCCUCCUGGGCGUGGUGAUCCAGGAGCAGCCGGUCUGCAUGCUCUUUGAGUUUCUGCCCCUGGGCGACCUCCACGAGUUCCUCAUCAUGCGUUCGCCGCACUCCGACGUCGGCUGCAGCAGUGAUGAGGACGGUACUGUGAAGUCCAGCCUGGACCACGGGGACUUCCUGCACAUGUCCAUACAGGUGGCAGCUGGCAUGGAGUACUUGGCCAGCCACUGUUACACCCAUAAAGACCUCGCCGCUCGGAACAUUCUAGUAGGCGAACAGCUCCACAUCAAGAUCUCAGACCUUGGUCUCUCCAGAGCGAUCUACUCCUCGGACUACUACUGCCUGCAGCCCAAAGCUCUGCUGCCCAUCCGCUGGAUGCCCCCAGAGGCCAUCGCAUACGGCAAGUUCACCUCAGACUCUGACAUCUGGUCCUUUGGAGUCGUGCUGUGGGAGAUCUUCAGCUACGGUCUGCAGCCCUACUACGGCUUCUCCAACCAGGAGGUGAUGGAGAUGGUGAGAAAGAGGCAGCUGCUGCCCUGCCCCGAGGACUGUCCCCCGAGGUUUUACGGUCUGAUGACGGAAUGCUGGCAGGAGGGGCCGACGCGGCGAACGCGCUUCAAGGACAUCCACCUGCGGCUGCGAGCAUGGGAGGGGCUGUCCUCGCACGCCAGCUCCAGCACUCCCUCGGGUGGCGGAGGCAACGCCACCACCCAGACCACCUCGCUGAGCGCCAGCCCCGUGAGCAACCUCAGCAACCCCCGCUACGCGGCUGCCGCCGCCGCCGCGGCGGCUGCGGGGUACCUCUACCCGGCCCAGGCCAUCCCCUCCCCGGGCCAGAUGGGCCCUAUCCAGGGCUGGACCCCCAUGGCCGUGACGCAAACCCACCAGCGCUUCAUCCCCGUCAACGGGUACCCGAUCCCGCCGGGGUACGCGGCCUUUCCCGCCCACUUUCCACCGGCCCAGCCGACCAGGGUGCUGCAGCACCACCUGCCCCCCCCCAAGAGCCGCUCGCCCAGCAGCGCCAGCGGCUCCACCAGCACGGGUCACGUGAGCGGAGUGCAUUCCACCACGGGCUCCAACCACGACGCCAACACGCCGCUGCUCUCCCACUGCAUCAUGCCGGGGGUCAGCGGGGGGGCGGUUCAGGUGUACGGACAGGUCGGCCAGAAGGGGGUGGGACAACUGGACCACGCGUCGCAAAAGGCGCUGCUCGCCGCCGAUUCCGACGGGCUAAUGUACAACGACUCGGUCAUCACCGCGGACCUGUAGGGAGACCCUUUGUGCCCCGGGGGACCCGCAUCUGAGACGUUCAGCCUCUAACACGGGGGGGGGCCCAGUCCGACGUUUUCCACCCCAGGGACAUGGAGGCACAUUUUGACUGUGCAAGAAACACUGCCACAGCUGCACGAGUAUAGGCACAGCUGUCUGAUUUGUAAUGCCUCGUUGUUUAGAAGCAUGUCUGCUCACCGCCAUGGUUUGAAAACGUCGUGUUUUAUUAUUUUAACCUCUUUUGUAAAUACGGUACAUACGUCCUGAAAGAAUGAGCGGAAAUCAAAGAUAUAUAUUCAAGAACUUUUUUUUUUUAUUAAGGAAUAGAUUUUGAAAAGUGAAGUCCAUCCUACGAAGCAGAAGGUUCCUGCGUCAACAACGGAGUUACUGGACUGUUUGAUGCAGGAUGUGAAGGAAACUCUCACCUGGACCUUUUACGCUUUUUUUUUUUUUUUUUUUAGCAUUUAGCGAGUGAUGCCCCAGCCAUCCGCUAAGGGAACAGCGAUGACAACCAUUUGAGGAGCCUUCACUGGGAAGAGCAACAUCGAACAUGCUCACAUGUACAUCAACACAGCCUCUCGGGUCUCACGUGUUGAAGGCAGGUGACGGGCCACCCAUCAAAGCAUCUGGACUUACAGCUAAAACAGACGCAGGUGGUAAGUUGGCCAGAGCAUCCCGGCACGUUGCAUAUUCACAAAGUGACCGAGGUGAUUGGAUGAUUCUUGUGCAGCCUCAGCAUCUCACACUAUCGCCACGUGGACGCAGGCCUGUCUGCUUUUUGUUUGGAUGUCAGUAAACGGAGAGCAACCAGGAAGUGGGCUUCAGAUGGGACAAUUAACGUACAUCGGACAUGGCGUCUAACAUUAAAAGUUGAUCUCCUACAGGUCCUGCACAGCUUCCCGUCGCGGGGCUGGGAUAAAAGCACCGUCAGCGAUGUAAAGCUAAAACAUUACAACAAUUUUACUGUAUCCGAGAGUUUGAUUUGAUUUAGAUUUUGAAGGAAUUUCAUUCACAGGGCUUGUCUUUUAUGUCUUUGUCCUUUUCUGUUUUUCGGCGCCUGUGUUCAAAAAUGCCCUUUCAGGACAAUAAAAAAAAAAAAAAAAAGUCAGGCUCUUUGUAGAGAAUUACAAAAAUCAGUCACAUCAGCCUACAAAUAGUAUCUUUGAAGUGCUUACAUUUAUACCUUCCUCUCAGCUUGAACAGAGUAACCAGCCGCUUUUCGCGACCUUAGUUGCCUCCUCCGGUACCUUCCGUGUAGGAGUCAAUCAUCUGUCUUGAAUGGUUGUAAAAGCGUCCCAGACUGUACGUGUUGCACUUUUCUUAUCACUCUAUCCGUCGGCUGCAUGGACAAACCAAACACACGUUUUUGAGUUGACAUUUGUGGAAUGUAGAUAGAUGAGACUGUAUUCUUUUCUUUUUUUUUUUGUUAAUGUCCCAUAUAAACAUUUACACUACCUAAUUUUACUACGACAAAAGUAGCUGCUCCAAUUCACUGCAGAAUAAAAAGCAAAUUAAGUUAACCCCGGGAUAAUUUAUUCAAACUAACUCUGAUCAACAGAGCAUGUUUUGUUCCUCUUGUCAAAUCUAGUCCAAGGUUAUUUGACUCAUGUUAAGUUAAUUGAGUUUUUAUUUCAUUGCUGUAUUUUGUCUCUUUUAUCUUUUGUGUUCCUCUGAAGCAAAUCAAGCUACCUUGACAGUUUGUACACUUGACCUUCAUUCAACAUGUCAGCAUUUAUGUGUAUUAUAUAGCAGUGCAAAACCACUUGUACACAAGACUGUGAAUCUUAAUCAAGUCUCGGUAUCUUUGCAUUUUGCAAAAAAACAAAAACAUGGUUGUGCCUUUUUUCUUCCAAGUAAAUGUAUAUUUCAAUAACAGUGCACCUAUUUAAAGAGGGUUCACAUGCUUAUCCUUUUGACCAAGAGAGGCCUUGUCUUUGUAUUUUGUCUGAACAUUUUUGCACAGAUGUUUUGUAUUGCAAACUCAUCUAUUAAAUGACGUUGUUUGGUUUAGCUUGCAGUCAA